AUGCUAACACGACAACCUACCAAGACCACUGUACCCAUUUCGCUGUCUACUUUGAGAUUCAUAACUAGAUAUCUCUGGAGCGAUGAUAGAGCAAAAGUUACUCACCCACUGACACCGGGCAAGAACAAAAAUAAAAUCAAAAGCAAAAACACGAGACACGGUAGAGGUAUACAUCAACACGAGACUGAGUCAUUGGCAGCAGCUUUAAACUUACUUCACAGAAAAGAUAACACAGAUAUGUCUAUGACUACCUCCUCGGCCACAACCACAAGCACGACCAUGGCCUUAGCCUCAAACUCAAACUCAAUCAACCAUGCUCAGUCUGUAUACAAGCCAUCGUUAUUCAAAGCAUUCACAAAAGGUUCUGCAGUUGAGCAAUUUCAACAAAGAGCUACAAAGAAAGCACCAUCAACACUAACAACAUCACCAAUAGCAGCCUUUGAAGGAAAGACGGACGUGCGACAUCUUUUACGUGGCAUCAUUCUGACACUCGACUUUGUCUCUGGAGUCGGCGCAGAAAUUGACGCAGCAAAAUUGUUAAAUGAGAAAGACCCCAAAAAAUUGAGUUUAUACAUAAAGGAGAUCCAGAGUGAAAAAGCAUUGAUUGACUUGCUUGAGUUGUUUAUUCAUCAUGAACGUUUAAACUUGCGUGUACUUGGUGAUAUUGUAUUAAACCCUCAUUUGAUAAAUUUGUCAAAAUUGCCCAUUGAUGUUACUCGUCCCGAGAAUAUCCCAUUUUUAAAAGGGUUAAAUGUGGUCAAGUUUAGGAUUUUGAUGCUUCGGAAAUAUCAACUGCUAAAACAACCAGUUUCGAUUUUGAAUGAUUUGAGGGUUCACAUUGAAACAUACUUGGCAUUGAUAAAGGAAAAGAAAUUGCCUAGAAAUUAUGAAAGAACAGUUUGGAGAUUUACAUUACAGUACCUUAAACAAUUUGACGAAACACAUUACAUUGAAAGUAUAAACGAUUGCAAGACAAGCUUUGCAAUUUGGGAAUCAACACCAAUGCACCGACGUAAACUUGUCGCAGAGACUAUUAUGGGUAAACACAAAGAUGAGUUGAACAAACUACAAACAGCGUUUUUGAGAAUCGCUCGAGUAUCAGAUAGUCCACAACUAUGCAAAAUAGCUACGAAAUACAAAAUAGAAUCAUUGGAAUUAUCCGAUAGAGGGUUGUGCUAUGCAUUUAUCAAUGACCUUGAAAAGUUUUUGAUCCAAGCAAAGGAUGCAGAUCUUGAAUUCACAAUGAAGGAGUUGAGCCAGGUAAGAGUUGAUUAUAUAAACUCUGCAAUAUCUUCCAAAACUGCACAUGAAGAGUACUUAGUGCAUCAUUCUCCUGCAUUGCAUAAAGCAUAG